AUGAGUAGCAUUGUGUGCGUACGGGAUCUGCUCAUGUGCAUGCAGCAAGCGGGGCAAAUGUAUGAGAUGCAGGGGGCCUUUAGAGAGGCUGAGUACUACUACAAGGACGCACUGAACAUUGCACGGGCGCAUGGAUUGAAGGGUGUGGCUACACAGCUGCUGCUGCGGAGAGCCGACAUCGCCAGCAGGAGAAAUGAGUAUCAGACUACAUCUGAUAUGUUAGCAGAGGCCACCUUGCUUUUGGGCCAGCCACACCAGAAUCUAAAAAUAGAAAUUCCAACCGGACAAGCACUCGCGUCGCAAAUACACAGCGGGAAGUACGAGGGGGUGGCUGUGGAGGCUAACACGCCUUCAAAGUUCGGUACAAUAAGUCUUAUUCCGUCACGUGAGGAUUUAAUGGACACAGACGAGGACCUCGCACAAGUAGGGAGUUCGACUACGACACCAAUCAAGGGGGGGCUGGAGCCGAAGAGGUGUUUGGCUGGGGAGUUAGUGGAUAUCACCAACACGCACACGUUUACGCACAGGCGCUCAAGCACACACACACGCACGAGUCCUAAGGGAACGUUGCCACAGAACGUUAUCUACGAUACACCCAGCACGUUAACAUGUACCGCCUCUUCACUGACAAAGGAUGGCGCAGGAGACAACCCUGCCCUCCCUCAGAUGGAAACGGGACAAAGUCCCGUUCUGGCCCAAAAAGGCGCACAGGACAGUCCUGAACCCAUUGGAAAUGGACUGGAGGACCCGCCUGUAGCGCUGCCCUGGCCGGUCAUGCGCACGCGAGUGGAUACGUCACUCGGCAUGGCAGCUGUGUAUAUGAGCUGUGGUGAUAUGGUGCUUAAGAGAGAUAACAAUUUCCAGGAGAGCCUUCGCUUGUACCGCCUGGCCUUGAAGUGCCUAACAGACGUACGAGAAGCUCGUGUAGGUAUCGCCGUAGCAACACUACAAACCAAACUCAACCAAGCACGCAGACCACCCGUACACGCACCUCAGCAGGAUGCCCAACCUACCUACGAAGCACACGUACAGGUGACGCUAGAGCUAGGGACACACGCCAUGCACACACAUGACAGUGCAGAAGCAAGCGAUAGACGGCAAAUGGAUGUAGGUGGGAUUACCCAACGCACACAUACACAUACACCGGGUGAAGUAUUAGUCCACAGCACAAGACCGAGAAAACGGGUCAAGCGCAGCGGCCCAGGUGCGACGGUGAAUAGGUGCGGCAUGUACUCGUCAGAUAGUGGAACACGCGAAAGCCUAAAUCUUAAAAAGGACCAAUCAGAUGACAGGGGUAUGACCGACGUCCAAUCAGAUUGCAGUGAAUUGUGUAGCAGCCAAUCGGAUGACGGGGAAGGGGGAGAAAGCGAAUCAGAAUGCAGCCAAUCGCAGCGUCAGCGCGUACCAACCCCUGCCAACGUCCUUCGCCGAGAGGAUAAGGCUCGUGUGCUUGUCCGCAUAGCCUGGGUGCGGUUUCUGCGUGUAUCGAGUGGUGGAAGGCGAGAGCGAGAGAGGUGUAGCGUGUGUGUUUGUACAUGUGCAUGUACAUGUGCGUGUGCGGGAGUGUGGGAGAGUGGGUGUGGUAGGGUUAGGCAAACUAAGUGUGGGUAUGCACCAGCGCAGCGGCGGACACAGUCACUCCAUUCGAGCAUAGACGCAGAUGGAGAGGCACACACACACACACACAUACACGCAGAAGCGCACAAACAAACAGGCACGGAUGUGGCUAUAAACGAACAAGGUAACACAGGUGUGGGUGUACACAACCAACCCACCUCAGAUACGCAUGGACACACACGGGUACGCGCACAUAUGCCUGCGCCGGCAGACUCAGGCGAGGAGGGUGUGUGUCUACACCGGCGUAUGUCAGACAUUGUGAACAUACUGAGACACAAUGUGUACCACAUUCGUCCCGGUAUUGCGCGCACAGAGUCGCUGUAUCGGCUAGGUGCCGUGAUGUGCUGGGCGGGAAAUGCUGGCAUACCAUUGGUCGACAGCGGUCUUUCUAUAAAUAGCGCGGAUGUUUUAUUGGCUGAGGCGAAAGGUUAUUUAAAGACUGCUCUGAACGCGUGUGGCUCGCUACCGGCGCCAUUCUUGCAGCGGAGAAUUUGCUUAAAACUGCUGCAGCUUACGAAUGAAUCCGAUGCAUAUUCAAGGUUCUAUUAUCACAAUCGGUCACUUGCUGUGACGUUUCUGCACCAAAUGGGCCAUCGUAACCAUUCGCAUUCAGCGGAGGUUGAGGCUCUGGACAUGACAUGUGACUUUGGGAAUAUGAGUGCGCUGGAGUGGUAUGAAUAG